GAUUGAACACGUUUUACCUAGAUGAAGAAAACAUAAACUAAAAAGACAACAACUUUUCACAUUCAGCUCAUUCAAGGAACACAGAACUGCAUCCACCCAACAAAGUUUCCCUUUUCAAUCUCGCGAGAACCCUUCCUGUGCCCCCUCUUUAUGCUCAGAAGGUUAUCGCGAGAAGAUUUGAACUCGUUUUGGGUGAAUGCGAGAGAGAAAGAGGACGACAGCGGGAGUCGCAGUCAAUGUGAGGUAAAGGGAGCUGAAUAGGGGGACGUGGAAGAAACGAAGUUAGAAAAAUAACAAGACAGUAUAUUGUGGAGUUUUUCUUGCGGGGUGGUGUUUUUUUGGGGGUAUCUUUUAUUUUUUGCGGUUUUGCAGUACUGUCUGGGUCAUUCUGGAUUUCUUGAGAUAACACCACCAGAGCUUUCCAGUAACUGUUAUCCCAGAGAUGUGACCCACAGAGGACACUUAGUAGUAGGACGUUCUGGCAAGUUGGCAACUCGCAAGACAUGAGUUUACAGAAGCACCAGCAGAUGGGCUCCGACAGAGACCUGCAGUCUGCCGCAUCGUCAAUCAGCCUGCCUUCAGUCAAGAAGGCGCCAAAGAAACGACGCCUUUCACUGGGCUCCCUGUUCCACCGGAAAAGGGACACCAAGAGGAAGUCACGGGACCUGCAUGUAGGAGUGGACGGCAUUGCCAGCAUCGAGAGCAUCCACUCCGAAAUGUGCAAUGACAAGAACUCUGCCUUCUCCGCGGCUGGAGCCACUAACGUGAGUGGAGCCGGCAUCGCCCUGGCAGGUGUUGCCACCUCCUCCACAUCUUCCUCUUCCUCCUCCCACAGCAAGCCGAGCGGGGACUUCCUAGAGUGCCCACUGUGCCUUUUGAGACACGCACGAGACCGGUUCCCUGAGAUAAUGACCUGCCACCACCGGUCGUGUGCCGAUUGCCUGAGGCAGUACCUGCGCAUCGAGAUCUCGGAGAGCAGGGUGAACAUCAGCUGCCCGGAGUGCUCGGAGCGCUUCAACCCCCAUGAUAUCCACUUGAUCCUUAAUGACGACUCGCUUAUGGAGAAGUACGAGGAGUUCAUGUUGCGUCGGUGGCUGGUGGCUGACCCAGACUGCAGAUGGUGUCCUGCGCCGGACUGCGGGUAUGCAGUGAUAGCAUUUGGCUGUGCCAGCUGUCCAAAAAUUACUUGUGGCCGUGAAGGGUGUGGUACAGAAUUCUGCUACCAUUGUAAACAGAUCUGGCAUCCUAAUCAGACCUGUGACGCUGCUCGUCAGCAGAGGGCACAGAGCCUACGUUUGAGGACAAUCCGUUCUUCAUCUCUCAGUUACAGCCAGGAGUCUGGUGCAGCAGCUGAUGAUAUUAAGCCCUGUCCAAGAUGCGCUGCUUACAUAAUCAAGAUGAAUGAUGGAAGCUGCAAUCAUAUGACAUGCGCGGUGUGUGGUUGUGAGUUCUGCUGGCUCUGUAUGAAAGAGAUCUCUGACUUGCACUAUUUAAGCCCUUCAGGAUGUACGUUUUGGGGCAAGAAGCCUUGGAGUAGGAAGAAGAAGAUUCUGUGGCAACUGGGUACUCUGGUGGGGGCCCCUGUUGGGAUUGCAUUGAUUGCAGGGAUAGCUAUUCCAGCCAUGAUCAUUGGCAUCCCUGUAUAUGUGGGAAGAAAGAUUCACAACCGUUAUGAAGGAAAGGAUAUUUCAAAACACAAGAGGAAUCUGGCAAUUGCUGGUGGUGUCACUUUGUCUGUAAUAGUUUCUCCAGUGGUUGCAGCAGUAACUGUAGGAAUUGGAGUUCCCAUCAUGCUGGCCUAUGUCUAUGGAGUAGUUCCCAUUUCCCUGUGCCGCAGUGGAGGCUGCGGGGUUUCAGCAGGCAACGGGAAAGGAGUGAGGAUAGAAUUCGACGAAGAAAAUGAUGUCAAUGUGGGAGGUGGAAAUGCUGCAACUGAUACUACGUCUGUAGCAGAAGCCCGUAACAACCCCAGUAUUGGCGAAGGCAGUGUGGGAGGGAUGACUGGGAGCUUGAGUGCCAGCGGCAGCCAUUUGGACCGGAUUGGAGCAAUACGUGAUAACCUGAGUGAAACUGCGAGCACUAUGGCACUGGCUGGGGCCAGCAUCACAGGCAGCCUUUCUGGGAGUGCCAUGGUCAACUGCUUUAACCGGCUAGAGGUACAGGCAGAUGUACAGAAAGAACGCUACAGUCUGAGUGGUGAAUCGGGCACAGUUAGUCUGGGGACAGUAAGUGACAAUGCAAGUACCAAGGCAAUGGCAGGAUCUAUUCUCAACUCCUACAAUCCUGUGGACAGAGAUGGAAACAGUAUGGAGGUGCAAGUGGACAUUGAAUCAAAGCCUGCUAAAUUCCGACACCACAGUGGGAGCAGCAGUGUGGAUGAUGGCAGCAAUCUGGGCCGUAGCAGUGCUGUUUGCACUUCCUCUUGCCUACCGGAAAACAAGUGCAGUGCCACCAAGUGGUCCAAGGAUACAACUGCAGGGAAGAAAUGCAAAGGCAAGCUACGAAAAAAGGGCAGUACAAAGAUAAACGAGACCAGAGAAGACAUGGAUGCUCAGCUUCUCGAACAGCGGAGCACCAACUCGAGUGAAUUUGACUCUCCUUCCCUGAGCGACAGCAUCCCCUCUGUAGCAGAUUCACACUCCAGCCACUUCUCAGAGUUCAGCUGCUCUGAUAUGGAGAGCAUGAAAACUUCCUGUAGCCACGGUUCCAGUGACUACCACACCCGCUUUGCCACAGUCAGCCCCCUUCCUGAGGUGGAGAACGAUCGUUUGGAAAACUGCCCCGUUCCUAUAUCCACUGCGCCCGUACAGAGUUCAGAGGUCACACAGUUAGGCUAUAUAGCAGAGGAGAACGUCAGCAUUGUGAACUCAACCGAUGUGAACUUUAAAUCGGGGGAAUCUUUAAAGGAAACCAAUAACAACCAUCACCAGCCACCUGGUGCAGCGAAGAACACGUGUAUUCAGACUGAAAUCUAAUACCUUAAGUGCUGCAAAUACUGUUCUAUUUGAACUUGUCAUUCACUUCCCCAGCUAACAAAAUAGGUUAUUCACAUGAUAUGAGCUGGUGUUUAUUUUUGACCAGCCUUGGGAUCAAUUUUGAAAGCUAGAUUCAAUCUAAAUAUCUGGGUAACGGGGUAGCAUAAUAACAUAGCUCAAGGUUCUAAUAACAAAUUUCUAAUGAAAGUAAGAGUGAUUCAGGAUUGGAAAAAUAGUUCAGAUGUAUACUGAUUUUAUUUUAUUUUUAUUUUUUUUUUAACUACCCAAAUGUUGAUUUGAAAUAUGUGUUUCUUCAAACAGCAUUAAAACAUUGCAUCCCUUUGCCACUGCAGGAACAGUAAAGUAACCCAUGUCACUCUGGGGAGUGACCAACCUGGUUAGCUGUCCCCCUUUUUCUUGUCUUGUUUAAUUGUUAGUUUAGUUGUUGGUCUAUAGACCUUAACAUUGUUAAUAUGGUUUAGCAUUCUGUUCUGUGGUUUGAUAAGACAACCACUGUGCCAAUGUUUAUAUAUGUCCAAUCAAACUCAUGGGUGGGUUAGUACCACAGAGUUAAAACCCUGCAGAAGCCGAAAUAGGUCUAGGUUUAACUUGAUAGGGACCAGGCAGUUGUAAGGGGUCUGGAUUCACAUCUCAUAUUUAUGAAACUGUGGAUAAAAGGUAUACAUUGUCUGUAAAAGGGGUGUCUACUACAAGUUGUAACUGGGAGGGAGUUAAACCUUUAAUUGUAAUGAAACUGUGUACUAUUAAUUGAUUCAAAGGUAUUUUUUUUUCAGCAGAUAAAUCCACCUUACAGAUUUAAGAUAGAUUUUCUCUUUGACUCAUGGUGCCUUUUGAAACAACCGUUUUAUUCCCAUGUUUCUUCAUGUCUUCAAAAGUGAAAUGUUUAGCACAAUGUAUUUCUGGCCAUGGUAGGAAAGAUGCUAUAGUUAGUUCUGUACAGUGAUAGACUGAAUAUGUAAAUUACUUUUAAUUGCCUACCAAAGACAGCACUCAGGCUUUAGAUGACCCUUGUUAACAUAACACUUACUGUAAGAGGUCUAUUUUAUAACACAUGCCCAGCUGUGGGAUACUGUAGACUAAAAGCACAGUGCAGUGGCUGCACAAACCUUACUUGGAGAUCACAUGAGAAGAAUGAGGAAUAUAUACAUUGCUGUUUUGUAUAUGCUUAAUGAUACGAACGCAAAUAAUACAAGCCAGAGAUGGCCUAGACAUCUGCACUGUUAAUUUCACUACAUUAAUGUACUGCAUUGCAAAAUCAUAUUGGGAAUGCAUUUUAUUUCAUUUAAUAGAUAUAUAUUAUAUAUAUAAAUAAAUUACCCUCCAUCGUUUUUUUUUUUCU